AGUCUCGCCAUCGUUGGUGGGACGCUUUGUCUCCUCCCAGAGAUUGUUUUGUGCCGCUAAAAUACACCGGGAGCACAAAGAACACAGUGUGGAAUCGUUUAUAAAGAUGGACAUUCGCGUCGCGCCUCAUCUGAUAUUGAUGAACACGGACGAACCCACACGCUCGCGAUGACGUAAAUUAAUAAGGCGAAUUAAUAAAGUAUAAGCGUGAAAAUAAAGGGUGAGGCGAAUACUUGCUGGACGACCGACAAACAAGAGAUGGACGAGCGAGGACAAUAUCAGGAUGAAAGUCACACCGUCACAGCGCACGAGAAUUAUUUUGAUAUGAAAUACUAUUUGGUUGGAUCUGCUUCGGGCGGAGAGAUAGAGAUACAAUCAGGCGAGCACAAGUUUCCAUUUACUUGUUCUUUACCAAACCACUUGCCGAGCAGUUUCGAGUCGGACUUCGGCCACGUUCGCUACAUCGUCAAAGCUACGCUGGACCGGCCUUGGAAAUUCGAUCAAGAUGUCAAGAGUCCUUUCACAAUUAUUUCGCCUUUGGAUUUGAAUCAGGAACCUAGAGCGGCGGAGCCCGUGCAGGCAGAGAUGAGCAAGACGUUUUGUUGUUUGUGUUGCGGCUCGCCACCGUUGACCGUAAACUUUUCGCUACCGGUUCGAGGAUACGUGCCUGGACAGUCUAUGCCGAUAAAAAUAAACGUAGAGAAUCAAUCGAGCAUCGUCGUGAAUACCAUCAAAUUAGUACUGUCCAAGGUGGUGACCUUUCGCGCUACCACACCUCACUCGGACAGCAGAACGGAAGAGAUCGUAGUGACGGAGGUCAGUAAAGGACCGGUCGAGGGCGGCGGGAGCGCCGAUUACGAACAACGUCUGGACAUCCCGGCCCUACCGCCGUCAAACCUUGCCAAUUGCGGCAUUAUUGAUCUCGAGUAUAAUCUGAAGGUGGAAGCGUGCGUCGAAGGAUGGUAUCAUCGAAACUUAUCUGACAACACGCUUAUCUUUGUGGGCACGGUUCCGCUAGCAGUUUACCACACCCCGAGUGCUCCACCUGCCACUGAUAUGGACGGCGAUUACCCAACGAAGCCGCCAGAAGCCGGUUUCGUCAUACCUUCGGCGAAUAAUGCGGUACCCCCACUACCAGAAUCGCAACUAUAUCCGAACUUACCUCCGCCAUCCUUCGAGGAGUCAGUUUAUGGCGCGAGGAAUCUUCGCGAACGCGGAGAAUCGGAGUACGUCUACGGUUUAACUAAUCGUUUCGCACCGAAAUAUCCAGUUUAUAAUUUUGCGCAGUAAUUAAAAAAAAAGAGAGAUAAAAAGAGGGGGAGAUCGCUGUCUUGAGAUAAUUUUUUAUAAAAAUUAUUGAAUACACCGUUUACAGUAUACACAUUUGUUGAUAAAAUUUCGAAGAAAAUACGCAACUCACGAAGUGACUGUAAUUCGAGAGUCUCGAGUCAGUCACUUUUGUCCUACUCAAUGCUUGUAAACAAUAUGUGAUUUAUAAAGUGCACAAAUUGUAGAGUGUAGUGCCAUUUGAACAACGCCUUUUCUAACUGGCAUUUAUAUUUUUUUACAUGAAAUAGCGAGAUAGCGAGAGAGCAACGAAUAAAGGCCAAAUUUCCUCGUCUCUCUUAUGGUACGAUAUUACUUGCAUUAGAAAUAUAUACACGCGAUUGCAUACAGAUGUACACAUGAGUAAAGCACAUGGAAAAACGUAAACAAUGGAACUUAAGCAGUAAGCAAAUUGACUAACCACAAUCAAUGAUUCUUCUUACGGUCCGAACAAAAUCAAUUGUGACUGGCCAAUUUUCUUACCGCUUAAGUCGUACGGAUUACGUGUUUCUGUGUGCCAUCCGCUUAAGUAUAUCGUAUCAUGACACAAAGACUUGAGUUCGUUAAUCAUUGCAUCGACAAUUUGCAAGCGCGCUCCAAUUUUCCAAAGCAACGCUAUUUGUAAGUGCAUUGUACUCGAGUAUCGUUCUAUGUAUAGUAUCAUAAGUAAAAAUACAUUUUUAAGAUUUCAAAA